UGCCUCAGCAAUGGCGUCAAACUUUGGAAAUUGGCAAUGUGCUAUCGAUAGUUUGACAAAGACAGCCAAAAGUGACGGAUGCCUGAAGUCCUUUAUUGAUUUGGAUAGCAACUACAAACGAAUCGAAUUCAUUCACAAGCAAAACAUCAUAAACAACAUAGCAUGGCUGCCUCUGUACUGGGGCAACUGUCACAACAUGCACAGAAAGUCCACAGAAAAGGCAGUACGCUACCGUGAUGAUGGCAACAAGUACUUCCAGCAGAAGAUGUACAAACGUGCCACUGAAUGUUACACAAAGAGCAUCCAGCAUGCUUCCAUGGCAGAACCGCAACAGAACCCGGCUUUUGCUCUUGGUCUAGGGAAUAGAUCUGCUGCGCUCUUCCACCUCAAACAAUAUCAGGCAUGUUUAGGAGACAUCACAAUGGCCUUGACCUGUGGUUGUCCACAAGCCACUGCUGACAAGCUGCAGAUGAGGAAGAUUCACUGCCUGGUCAAUCUGGGGCAUGGACAGGAAGCUCAGCAAGUCAUUAGAGACUUGAUGAAACACCUGGCCGAUCAUAAAGACACUGAGAAGAAGGUGAAAGGUAAAUUAGAAGAUGACAUAGCCACUCUGCAACUUAAGCUGAGCCAGAACCGACUGGGGGACACUGAUGGGGAGUCCGAGAUACAGCUGCCCCAGCUGUUCCAGGGGGCAAGUGAAGUCAUCACACAAGCUUCUACAGCUAUGGAAAUGAAGCACACAUGCAGCCAAGGACGGCAUUUCGUUGCCAAGCAAGCCAUCCCUGCGGGUGCCACCCUGAUUGUGGAGCGUCCAUAUGCAGCAGUGCUCCUGCGUGACCACCACCACUCUAACUGCCACCAUUGCUUCAAGGUCCUCUCACUGGCGCCAACACCAUGUAUGGAGUGCUGUGUGGUGUUGUACUGCAGUGUAGAGUGUCGUGACACUGCCUGGACCAUGUACCACAGCACUGAAUGCCAGUACCAAGACCUUCUCUCCUCUGUUGGCAUUGCUCACUUGAGUUUGAGAAUCAUACUGACGACAGGUCUCAAGUUUCUCCUGGCUUUCAGUACCCCAGACAGAGACAGUGUUAUACGAGGUCUGACAGGAGGGCAGAAGUACCAGCGGGACUACCACGCCAUGUAUGAUCUGUUGACUCACGAACAGGACAUUGAAGCCGAGGACUUGUUCCAGUACUCCUUGACAGCAUACUUACUUAUCCGGGUAUUGGUUGAUGCGGGGUGGUUCCCUCACGGCGCUCCCCGGGCGGACCAGCUGACCGACAACAUGAUGUGUAUAGGCAGCUGUCUGCUGCGGCACAUCCUGCAGCUGGUGUGCAACGCACACGCCAUUACGGAGCUGCAGGUGUCUCAAGUUGCUGACAGUGACCUGGUGGACAGUAAGAGCCAGGUCCGUGUGGCCACAGCAAUAUAUCCCACAGCAAGCUUGAUGAACCACUCGUGCGAUCCAACCAUCAUCUCAAGCUUUCAGGGAGACAUGCUGGUCGUGAGGGCAGUCAAGGACGUAGCUGCGGGUCAGGAGAUCUUCAGCUGUUACGGGCCCCACUGCAAGCGUAUGUGCCGUGGAGAGAGACAACAGGCCCUCAGUAGCCAGUACUUCUUCCACUGUCAGUGUCAGGCUUGUGUUGAGGACCAGCCGUCAGUACAGCAAGACGGGUUACAGGUCCUGACGUGUCCAGCUUGUAGAGUGGAGCUGGUCAGUGCCUCGACUCCAUGUCCAGUCUGCCACUACAACAGUGAGAGGCUGGUCUCCGACACCGGACAGGCUGACCACCUCUUCCAACAAGGGCUUGACCGGCUCCAACAGAUGGAUAUUGCAGGUGCUAUAGUGAGUUUCACACAGUGUGUUGAACUGAGGGAGAGAUGCAUGGACAGGCACCAGACACCUCUCUGUGAGGCCCGGGAUUGUCUGGCUAGAUCUUAUGCAAUGACAGGUCAGUUCAGCAGCGCAGCCAAGUACCUUCAGCUGAACCUGUCUGCCUCGGAGCUGAAGUACGGGCACUCCAGCAUAGAGCUUGGCUAUGAGCUGCAGAAGCUAGCACAGGUGCUCUUCAAUGAUAAACAAAUUGGCAAAGCACUCACUGUCAUAGAUAGAGCUCUCACUAUACUCACCAUUCACUUUGGGAAGAACUCUGGUAAUAAAGACAUGGAGGAGCUGGUGCAGAUGAAGUCAUGUCUGGUACAGUACCAAGCCACUACAGACACAUGAUGACGGGAAGAUUAAUAUGAACACAAUCUACUGGGCAGCGGGGCCGGCCAGUUUGUAUAGAACUGAGCCUCUCUGAUGAACUACUGUAUACAAGGACAUGUUUUUGUCACCAUAGACAGACCCAUCAGGCGUGCUGGACCUUCCCUUCUGUCUGAUAUGGAUCAAUGACCAGGUCCUAGGUUGACCUCUGCAUGAUAAACAUGUUGAUGUGAAGCUUGAGGAUGAGAACAUGUUUGUCAGUGUUUUUUGUCAGUGGUUCCAUGGAGUUGGGAAGAUGUUUGGAAUGAAAGAUGAGAACAUGUUUGUCAGUGGUUCCAUAGAGUUGGGAAGAUGUUUGGCAUAAAAGAUGAGAACAUGUUUGUCAGUGGUUACAUGGAGAUGGGAAGAUGUUUGGAAUGAAAGAUGAGAACAUGUUUGUCAGAGGCUCCAAGAUCUUUGACAAAUAACAAACAUUUUAUUUACAUGAUCCUGUGGAUUGGGUGAUUUUACAACACAGAAAUAAAUAAUGGAGUAUUCACAA